AGUCCAAAUUUCACUUUCAGACACUGCCAAAUUAAACGGCGGCGACUACGACGCUUUCUAGCUGUGAGGGACCUUAUUGGAUUUCACUGGACUAAGCGGUCAUGCCUGUCUUCAAGGCAGCUACGGUGCUGCGACUGCUGCCCAUACCCAUCGUUCUGAUCAUCUACUAUACCUUCGUGCAGAUCCGGAUCCACAGCGAUGCGACUUACUUUAGGCUACCUCUAUGGGCCACCACGAACGCUCCUCCAUCAUUUCGCACAAAAGCCGCCACAGCAAGCUCAUUCAACCUUACUGAGACAAAAUCUACUUUCAGCCCGGCAAUGAAGGACUUCUGGAAUGACCUCUCUCUUUCCCUUGAAGAUGCACGGCCUCAAUGCCCCCCUCUCCAAGUCAAAGAUGGUCACCCCACAAGCUUGGAGACCACCUUUGAGCCUUUGAACAUCUCCAAGAUCCCUCCUGCAAGAUUGGUCAACUUCACUGAUGAGCACGAGACCGUGUUAUCGGCAUCGCAUUACCUGAUGCGUAACUCUGUGCAACGUCUUGCACCACGCCUCGUAUUUUCCAAAGGCUCCCAGGGAAUCGUCACAACCGCGAACCCAAAGUACAUACCCAUCUUCCUCGUAUCUCUCCGUAUGCUGCGGCGAACCGGCUGCCAGCUACCCGUGGAGGUCUUCAUAGACAAUUGGACCAAAUACGAUCCAAUCGUUUGCGACUCUGUACUCCCUUCGCUCAAUGCGGCGUGCGUGGUCCUUUCUGAGAUUUACGACACAGCACCGAACAUCCGCCCACCCGCCAGCUACCAAUUCAAGCUCUUCGCCCUCCUAUUCUCCUCCUUCCAGCACACCCUCUUCUUCGACAGCGACGCCUUCCCCGCGCACGACCCCACGUCUCUCUUCUCCACGCAUCCAUACACGACGCACGGCCUCGUCGUCUGGCCCGAUCUUUUCGGCCUCACGGUGUCCGAGCACUACUACCACAUCGCCGGCAUCCCCUACGAGUCACCGUCCACGCGGCCUUCAACAGAGAGCGGCAUCGUCUUGCUCGAUAAAGAGAAACAGCGUGAGUCGUUACUGAUGAUGGUGUACUACAACUACUACGGUCCGGAGUACUAUUACUCCCUUCUCUGCCAGGGCUCGCACGGCGCAGGCGAUAAAGAGACGUUCGUGCAGGCCGCGAUGGCGGUCGGCGCGCCGUGGUACCAGGUCAAGACAGGCGUAGUUGGCUUGGGGUACUUUGAGCAUGGGAAGUAUAGAUUGAGUGGACUGGCGCAGAUGGAUCCGAGGAGCGAUUUUGCGUACGGACCGCCGAGCAAAAGCCAUAUUCACCCCGAAAACCGGUGGCAGGAAGCUGAAGGAGGAGGAUGGGAAGCGCAAGUACGGCCGAAACCGUGGUUCGUGCAUCAGAAUAUGCAUAAACUAAAUCCUACACGCAUAUUAGAGAUGGACGGGACGACGGCAAAGACGAGAAGUGGUAAUUACACGCGUAUGUGGGGUGAUCGAGAGGGAGUUGUGGAGAUGUUCGGAUACGAUGUCGAAAGGCGGGUGUGGGAAGUUAUUGUUGAAGAAGGGUGUAGACUCGAUGAAGCGAGCGAGGUCUGUAUGAAACUGGGAGAGUACUUUGCCGAGGUGUUUGGGACUGUAGACAGCAUCGAUGAGUGAUUAAGUGGACGUUCAGCGUG